GAAAAUUUCCCAGGAGACUGAGGCUGUGUUCACCUCCAGUAACGUUUUCCGGUAAGGGACCUCCAAAUAUGUGGAGCCCAUUAAUCUGCUAAUGGCACUAGGUCAUGAUGCCAAUAUGACCUAUGGUCACCAAAAUGGAAAGUGUCCCCUGAUGAAUUUCCAAAAAUAUAAAUCAUGCAAUUCCUGUCUCUGGGCAUGACUAUUUACCCAGAAUUGUUUAGCGCUUGGUGGUACUUUGGCAACAUCACAAAACAGUAUACACAGGGAUUCUAUCCCCAUAAGGACCAGGGGUUUUUCCACUUUCAUUUUGCUCCUAAAAAUCCAUAUGAUGGCUUAUUUUUUGCACCACCAAUUCUACUUUGCAGUGACAUCAGUCAUUUUACCCAAAAGUCUUCGACGAAGCUUCAUAACAGGAACAGCCUCUGUACAUGCAAAUUCUCUUUGAGAUUGACAGUGGUUGGGACCUUAAGCAAUUUUAGAGUCCUUAGACUGAUAUGCGCUGUUCCACUGGAUUUAAGGGAUUUAUUUGCGGUCCAGUUGUCACGCUAGCUUUAGCGGGGAUUAGUUUAGAACUCACGGUUUAGUUUAGGCUGAGGCCGGUAGGUUUUCUGGCCUAGCGUGUCUUUGAAAGUUGCGCAGAUCUGUCCUGGUAGUCCGGCAUCCACGAGAGAAGCUCCCUUAUAUGGGCAGGGGCUGGACUAGAGCUGAUUGGUCCAAUACUUCUGUCAAUCACCUUCACAUAGGAUUAUGGGUAACAUGUGACCCAGGGACCUCCAAAAGGUCCUCCAACAGACCAUAGAGGAUUUAACAUGGUCACAUGACGGAAGGUCCUGCAACACUAACAAGACCUGACGAUGCACACAAUGGCACAUGAUUCUGGAGUGGUGCAGAAGCUGGACUUCUCUAGCGGUGAGGAAGAGGACAGUGUAAGCAAUGAGCGUGUGAAAGGUUCUCCGCAAUCAGAAGAGGCUGAGGAUACCCUCACCUGGAGGAGCCAUAAGAGCCCCUACCCCGUCACUCCUCAGAGGAACCAGAGGGGGCUCUCCCCAUCCCAGGAGGACGCCAGCCCUGAUAGUGACUGCUCUCCUCCAGCAAAGCUGUUUGCUGAGGGAGAAUGUCCAGGGACCCCUCUACAUUACAGCACAUGGAAGAAGCUGAAACUCUGCGACACGCCGUACACCCCAAAGAGUUUGCUGUACAAGAACCUCCCGUCACCCGGCGGGCGGGUGCCCUGUAGAGGGCAGAGGCUUCUGAGGUUUGCUGCUGGCACAGGUGCUGGAUUGGAAGACCCGGCGCUGGUCAACAUUAACCCUUUCACCCCUGAAACGUAUCGACAAAUGCAGCUUAACUCGAACGGCAAGAGGAAGGCGGAACAUUGCAGAGACAGAGAAGUUUCCGCAGGACAUCCUUCUAAGAGGUUUUUACUACGUGAAACAAACAUGGUGUCUCGAUACAAGACGGAAUUCCUGGAGAUCGAGAGGAUCGGGGCAGGGGAGUUCGGAGCAGUUUACAAGUGUGUGAAGAGACUGGACGGCUGCAUCUACGCCAUAAAGCGAUCAAAGAAGCCGCUGGCGGGAUCCACUGACGAGCAGCUGGCGUUAAGAGAAGUGUAUGCCCAUGCCGUGCUGGGCCAUCACCCACAUGUCGUGCGAUAUUACUCUGCCUGGGCAGAAGACACCCAUAUGAUCAUACAGAAUGAAUACUGCAAUGGUGGCAGCUUGCAGGACCUGAUCACAGAGAACUUGAAGAGCGGGCAGCUGGUGAUGGAGCAAGAGCUGAAGGAGAUUCUUCUACAAGUGUCCAUGGGGCUGAAGUAUAUACACAGCUCCGGCCUGGUGCACAUGGAUAUUAAGCCAAGUGGGUACAUUUUAUUGCUUGUCAGCUCAUCGGGGCUUCAGAAACGAAUGAUAGACUGCUCUGGUACCGCGCUCCACCCGGACCGGAGGAUGCCGCACCGACAGCGCAAAUGUCCUGCUCGAGAUGGUGCUCAGUCUGGAGAACUGUAGUAUAGUUGAAUGUGAAAAGGCGGCAACUAGACGGCACUCACCAUACAGUAGGAUACUUUAAUCUUCAGUUGCAAAACAUGCAACACAGGUCAGGGAGUCAGACAGCGGGAGACGCACCGGUCGUCCCUGGUGCAUCUCCCGAAGUUCUCUUCUUUUUGAAUUUCCUUUCUGACCACAGUGCUCUGUCCAUUUUAGGAACUGUCCAUAUUAGGAGCAAAUCCCCAUAGCAAACCUAUCCUGCUCUGGACAGUUCCUGACAUGGACAGAGGUGUCAGCAGAGAGCACUUGUGGUCAGACAAAGGAAAUUCAAAAAGAGAAGAACUUGCUGUGGAUAA